GCAACCUCCUGUGCGACAUCAGAGACAACCUUUACGGCAGCCUGCGCUUGCGCGUGUUGUCACGUGGACAUUUCCUCUGCGAUAACAGGUGUUUGUGUGUGAGGCGAGGAUCCAACCAGGAUGUCUUUCAGAGGCGGCGGACGAGGCGGCGGACGAGGAGGGGGCUUUAACCGAGGAGGAGGCGGCGGCUUUAACCGAGGAGGAGGCGGCUUUAACAGAGGGGGAGGAGGCUUCAACCGAGGAGGAGGAGGCGGCUUUAGCAGAGGCGGAGGGUUUGGACGCGGAGGUGGACGAGGGGGCUUUAACAGGCAACAGGACUAUGGCCCCCCCGAGCAUGUGGUCGCUCUGGGCGAGUUCGUCCAUCCCUGUGAAGAUGACAUCGUCUGCAAGUGUACCACCGAGGAGAACAAAGUCCCCUACUUCAACGCUCCGGUCUACCUGGAAAACAAGGAGCAGAUCGGGAAAGUGGAUGAGAUCUUCGGGCAGCUGCGGGACUUCUACUUUUCUGUCAAACUGUCUGAAAACAUGAAGGCGUCUUCCUUCAAGAAGCUGCAGAAGUUUUACAUAGACCCCAUGAAGCUGCUCCCACUGCAGAGGUUUCUGCCCAGGCCUCCGGGGGAAAAGGGUCCGCCCCGGGGAGGGCGGGGCGGCGGGCGAGGUGGAGGAAGAGGAGGAGGUCGUGGAGGAGGUUUCCGGGGUGGGCGGGGCGGAGGUGGACGCGGUGGAGGAGGCUUCAGAGGAAGAGGAGGUGGUGGUGGCCGAGGAUUCAGAGGAGGACGAUAAAGGAGGAGGCGCGGCCCUCCAUCUGCGUGGGACAGACUCCUCACGAGGAGCAGCGGCUCUUCCUGUUUUUUUGGAAGAGCCGUGGACCUGGAUCUUUUCCUUCGGAGGGUUUGUGUGACGCAUCUCUGUGGUGCGUUCAUGAACGGGUUUAUUUCAGCCUGUGGUGGUUUAACCACGGAUGGACACUUUUUUAAGGCUCUGAUUAAACAAUGCUUUGUAAACA